AGCGAAACGCGUCGAGCCCAACGUCGGCCACAACAAUCACAUCACGGGCCAAAGUACGAUCGGGACCACUGUGAUGUAUACUGCGCGCCUUGGCUGCCAAUGGUAGGUGGUAUUCCUUGCCUUUGGGAUGAAUAAAGCUGAGCUACUGAUGCGUUGUACCUAUAGAUCCACGACCUUGAAGCCUUCCGUUUGCGUAUCCUUUGAGCACCGUACAAAUACAUGCUGCGAGCCGAAACCGAUAACCUUGCAAGAUGCGGCUCCUAGAAAGAGGCGAUACCGGCGAGCUCCACUUAACGAACCCGAUUCCGAAUGACGCGAUCCCCGAGAUCCCCCGUUACGCGAUCCUUUCACACACAUGGGGCGACGAGGAGGUCUCCUUCGAAGACAUGGCGGACGGUACAGCCAAGAAAAAAGCAGGCUAUGCUAAGAUGCAGUUCUGCGGAGAUCAAGCCUGGCUCGAUGGGCUCAAAUACUUUUGGGUUGACACGUGCUGCAUCAACAAGUCCGACAAAGUCGAGCUUGAGCACGCUCUCAACUCCAUGUUUCGCUGGUACCGUGAAGCAGCCAAAUGCUAUGUCUAUCUCGCGGACGUCCCAGCCAAAGAGCAUAGUGCCAACAGUAACGGUAGCUUGGAACUGGCUUUUCAGAAAUGCAGAUGGUUCACCCGUGGAUGGACACUGCAAGAGCUUAUUGCUCCAACCAUCAUUGAGUUCUACUCUAAGGAGCGCGAGUGCCUGGGAGACAAGAAGUCAUUGGAAGAAGAACUACACGCCAUAACCGGAAUCCCUCUGAAAGCUCUCCAGGGAAGCCCUCUGUCUAAUUUCAGUGUCCCUGAACGAAUGGCGUGGAUGGACAAGCGAGACACAAAGUAUGAGGAAGAUAAGGUGUACGCUUUAUUCGGCAUCUUUGACGUACACAUACCGGUUAUCUACGGCGAAGGAUUGCAGAAGGCACUGAAGCGACUACGAGACAAGAUCAACGAGGACUAUCUCUGCUUGGCAAAGUUGUGGUCCACUGAGCCGCGUGACCCGCGGGUCGAAAAGAAACGGAUCGAGCUAGCAAAGGGCGGUCUACUAGUUGACGCUUACCUCUGGGUCCUCGAAAACCCUGACUUUAACCGAUGGCGCCACUCGACAGAGUCCCGGUUGCUCUGGAUCAAAGGGGACCCCGGCAAAGGCAAGACUAUGCUGCUAUGCGGCAUUAUCGACGAGCUCGAGCGGCUUGUUAUCGCUGACGGUGGUAACUUGGCAUACUUCUUCUGUCAAGCCACCGACCCACGCAUCAACAGCGCAACUGCCGUGCUGCGGGGUUUAAUCUUCCUGCUUGCCCAGCGACAACCACGUCUCCUCUCGCAUCUACCCGAGAACUUGUAUACCUCUGACGACGCAAUGGCAUGGAUCACUUUGUCGAAAACUUUAUUCGAGAUGCUGGAAGAUCCGAAUUUGAAAGAUACCUACUUAGUAAUUGAUGCUUUGGACGAGUGUGUGAUCGACCAACAAAAGCUUCUCGGCUUGAUCGUUCAGAUAUCGACUAUAUCUGCUCGUGUCAAAUGCGUCGUUUCUAGUCGCAAUUGGGUUCAGAUCGAGGAACAGCUGGCGACGGUCGCGCAGCAAUCCAAGCUUAGCCUCGAGUUGAAUGCCGAAUCCGUUACCGCUGCCAUCGAAGCAUUUAUCCAGCACAAGGUCCUGCACCUUUCGCGAUUGAAACAAUACGAAAAAGCGAUAGAGGAUGAAGUACAUCAGUAUCUUUCUUCCAACGCGGAUGGGACAUUCCUCUGGGUGGCGUUGGUCUGCCAAGCUCUAGCCGACCCGGACGUCCAGGGGUGGCACAUUCUCCAAGUGCUACGCACAUUCCCCCCAGGGCUGGAUGAUCUGUAUUUGCGGAUGGUGCGCUAUAUCAAGAAGUCGAAAGAUACCCUGCAUUGCAAGCGCAUUCUUGCCACUGUAUCGGUAGUUCAGCGGCCCAUCAGCUUUUGGGAACUCGCCACUCUCGUCGAGCUGCCGGAUUCUAUAACAAGCUAUAGAGAACGACUGGAAAAGCUUCUUGCUAUUUGCGGUUCGUUUUUAGCCCUGCGCGAACAAUCUAUCCAUUUCGUUCAUCAGUCGGCCAAAGACUUUCUGCUGGGUAAGGCUGAUCUAGAGACAUCUCGAGAGGCAUGUCAAGAAGCUUUCGGUUGGGUCUUCCCUCAAGGGACGGAAGAUGUACACCACAUCAUCUUCUCAAGGUCGCUCAAUAAGAUGUCUCCGGUAUUAAAACGCGACAUGUACGGCUUAGAGGAACCAGGAUUCCCAAUCAACGAGGUUCCAACGCCAUCUCCAGACCCUCUGGCCACAGUACGGUACUCAUGCGUCUUCUGGGUUAACCAUCUCCGCGACUCGAUUUCCGAUAAAGACGUGCUACAAUGCCACACACUGGAUGCGAUCCAGACCUUCCUUGAGCAGAAGUACCUUUACUGGCUCGAAGCUCUUAGCUUACUCCAAGCUAUGUCGGAGGGUGUCAUUGCCAUAAGACAGCUUAAGCUCCUACUCAUGCACAUCGGUUCGCUCUCUCCAACAGAUGGAUAAUCGAGCAAGCUCCUCUCCAAGCGUACAUAUCAGCCCUCAUAUUUGCACCAGCUUCCAGUCUAGUGAAAAAGAAAUUUAAGGCGGAAGAACCUAGCUGGAUCAGUACGAAGCCAAUAGUAGAAGCGGACUGGAAUGCAUGCCUGCAAACGCUAGAAGGCCACAGCCUUUCGGUAUAUUCAGUUGCCUUCUCACCAGAUGGCCAGCAGCUCGCAUCGGGUUCAGGCGACAAAACCAUCAAGAUCUGGGAUCCCGCCUCAGGGCAAUGCCUGCAAACGCUACAAGGCCACAGCCUUUCGGUAUAUUCAGUUGCCUUCUCACCAGAUGGCCAGCAGCUCGCAUCGGGUUCAGGC